UGGACAUACAUAUACGGUAAUAUUGGAAGUGUUUGCGGUGACGUCGACUGUUGAAUACAAGGCCACUGAUAGGUAAGCCGGGCGCAUGCAGGUCCCGGCGGGCAUUCCUGUGGGGCAACCUCCGACUCCCGGCUCCGUCAGCUUGCAGCUUGCUCGGUUCUCGGGCAGCUUAGCCGAGCUUUAUGAACCCCAUCUGCCUUCCGCCACCUCCGCUAAUAUCGGCGUCCACAAAUACCGAUCCGGCAGCAGACAAUCAUGGCAUCCAGACGCACAGUUGUAAGCCUCGCGAGGGCCGCCGUCCCUUCAGCAAGGACCGCGACGCCAGCGCAGCUCCGAGCUCCGGCGCAUCUUGCGUCGCGGCAAUAUCACAGCUAUCACAGCUACACCCCGUCCCAGCAACUUUCCGUCCAGCGACCGUCGCCACCGGCAUUUUGCAACAGGUCGAGCACCAAGUCAGCGAUUACAAGGCCUUACUCCACCGACUCCGGCGCUCCGCCAUCCAAGAUCUGGGACUUUGAAGCUCUCCAGAAACUCACCACCGCCCCUCACCCCUCCAUCACCAUAAUCGACGUCCGCGAACCGCACGAACUCCAAAACACCGGCCGGAUCCCCGGCGCGAUCAACGUGCCCGUGUCGACGGCGGCGGACAGCUUCCACAUCACGGAGGAGGAGUUCGAGGACCGGUUCGGGCACCCGCGGCCCGCGCGCGACGCCGAGGUCGUCUUCUACUGCCAGGCCGGCGUGCGCAGCCGGGCCGCGGCGGGCCUGGCGCGCGACGCCGGCUGGGAGAAGGUCGGCGAGUAUCCCGGGAGUUGGCUGGAUUGGUUUGGGAAGGGCGGGGAGGUGGAGCGGUGAAAGGCUC